UAGCCGGAUACGGGGCGCCGCUACCCGUAUCCAAGAUGGCGGCCCACGGUGGGCGUGGCCAGUGAUGGCGUCUCCGAGCGUGCGAGCUGUGGCGGCUGCGAUGGAUCCGAGUUGGGAGGACGAAGAUGAGGAGGAGGAAGAGGACAUAGAGGAGGCUGAGCAAUUUGUUCUGGUAGAGUUGUCAGGAAUUAUUGAUUCAGACUUUCUCUCCAAAUGUGAAAAUAAAUGCAAGAUUUUGGGAAUUGACACUGAGAGGCCCAUCCUGCAAGUAGACAGCUAUGUGUUUGCUGGAGAGUACGAAGAUACUCUUGGGACCUGUGUUAUAUUUGAAGAAGGUGUUGAACGUGUGGAGCCGGAAGGGACUGACAAAACAGUGCUCAAGUACAAAUGCCACACAAUGAAGAAGCUCAGCAUGACGAGGACGCUGCUGACAGAAAAGAAGGAAGGAGAAGAAAACAUAGAUGGCGUAGAGUGGCUGCAGAUGAAGGAUAACGAUUUCUCCUAUAGACCCAACAUGAUCUGCAGCUUUCUGCAUGAAAAUGAAGAUGAGGCUGUAGUGCCGGCCCCUGACAAACCUGUGGAGUUGGAAGACGAAGAGAUUCAGAUGGAAAGCAACGCAGAGCAGACCCAGGAGCAGGAGACAGGGCAGCACUCGGAAGCAGAGGACCCUGGCUCUCCUGGAGACACCCCUGCCGAGACGGAAAGCUCUGUCUUCAUGGGAAUUCAAGAUGGAAAUGUUUCUCAGUCAUGAACUUUUUAAAAAGAGGUCUUAUAUACAAUAAUUGCCGUGUAGCUUGCAAAUGGCUUACCAUUUUGUUGUUACUGUUGACAGUAUAUAUAUUUCUAGUUACAGUACAUUUUAAUAUACUAGAAUCAUGCAGGACCAGACAGGAAUUCUGUUUUUAAAAAUAUAACUUAUGGGGCUAGAGAGAUGGCUCCAUAAGUUAAGGGCACUGGCUGCUGCUCAUCCCAAGGACCUGGCUUUGAUUCCCACAAGGCAACUUAAAACCAUCUGUGGCUUCAGUUCCAGGAGAUCUGAUGCCUGCCCUGGCUUCGGUCGGCAUCAGGUUCUCUCUUACCUGUCUGUGGGUUCUGGAAAUCAAAGCCAGGUCAUCAGGCUAGCGCAGCAGAUGCUUUUCCUGUGGACCAUGCCACAGCCAUCUGUCUACAUACAACCCCUUUAAAAUAUUGAUGUGUAUGUGUGAGUGUGUUUGUGUGUUCACCACAAUCUUUCUGACCUGGUGCCCGAAGACUCCAGAAGAGCAAUUUGGGUUUCUUGGAACUGGAGUCGGAGAUGGUCAUGAGCCAUGCGGGUGCUGGGAACUGAAGCCCACUGCUCUCCAGGAGCAGUAAGUCCUCUUAACUGUGGAACCAUCACUUGUCAUUCUCCCUUAUCACCACCCUCCUUUUGGUUUCCUGAGACAAAGUUUUGCUAUGUAACCCGGGCUAGACCUAAAUUUUCCAGCUUUUGUUUUUUUUUUCUUUUUUUUGAGACAGUUUCUCUGUAGUGUUUGGAGCCUGUCCUGGAACUAGCUCUUGUAGACCAGGCUGGUCUCGAACUCAGAGAUCCACCUAUCUCUGCCUCCCAAGUGCUGGGAUUAAAGGCCUGCGCCACCAUUACCCGGCCCAGCUUUUUGACGAUAGCGAGUGUCCUUGUGUUUUAAAGUCAUCUUGCACAUAGACACUAUGAAGGGCAGAAGCAACAAGACAGUAGGUUGGAUUUGGAAAGCCGAUGCUGCCCUAGACCACUAUGAGUUAGAGGGUCAACAAAACCUCUUCCUGGAAAAAAGACCUUGAGGUGGUUUUGGGUUUCGUUUGAGUUUGGGUCUCACGAUGUAAUCCUGACGGACCAACAGGGAGUUGCCUGCUUCUGUCUCCUGAGUGCUGGAAUUCAAGAAUUCCCACCAUGCCCUGCUGAUCUUGAGUUUCCCUUUCAAUACUUGAAGAUGAUAAUGGAAUGUCAAGUAUGAUACUAUCAAUAUUAUGAUUAAAAAAUGGCCCCUGGACUGGAGGUAUAGCUCAGUGGUAGAGUUAUUACCUAACAUGCGUGACUCUUUGGGUUUGACGCUCAACACCACCCAAACCAAAAAAUAUCUGAACAAGGAAAUAGACUGUUUGUUCCUAUUAAGAUGAGGAAGGCCUAGGCCAUCUGCUUCAGGGCUUGUCGAGCAUCUGCCUAGCUUCUCCAGCUUCUCCUCCACUGCAUCUGUGCAAACAUUAAAAAAAUGCAUAUUAAACAA